UCCGCACGCCAUCUACAGUUAACACCAAGUCAACUUUGUUAUUGUUCCCAAUAAAAGUCGCGUUAUUAUGUGGCAGAGGAAAAGAUCGCAGUUGAAAAAUUAAAGAUUUUAUUAUUUUUCUGGAAAAUCGUAUUUUUUUUUCUUCUUGAAAGGAAUUAUAUUAAUAUAAAAUAUUCACCUCUCUAUAGUAUUGUCUUGUGAAAGCGCUGGUGUUUGCACGAGAGCCGGAUGGAAUGCUGAAGUCCGCUUAGAACGUUAUUGAUGCAUUGUAACAACUUUUAAACACAACGUUCUAAACGCACCUGGCGAGCGCUCUGAUCGCUGCCUUAUUAGCCCCACAGCGCUAUUCUCCCCCCAUAGCAAGCUACCCCCCAUCCACUUCUAUUCUUCCACUUGAUAGAGAUCUAUCUUUGCUCUUGCACAACCCCCUUCCUCUGACAUUGACGCUGCCUUUGAUACAUUGCUGCUCAGUGAUUUUGGAAAGCCCCCCCAUUACUAACAAAAGCACAAAAUCCUCCAUACACCCCAGCCUGGGAUUUGGCUGCUCUCCCAUACUCAUGAACAUACAAAGGUCGAACCCUAUUACAAUCACAAGGUAUGGGAGAUCGCGGAAUAAAACCCAGGAUUUUGAAGAGUUAUCGACCAUAAGGUGUACAGAACCCAGCCAGAGCUUCAGCCCAAACCUCGGCUCCCCAAGCCCCCCAGAGACUCCCAACUCGUCGCAUUGCGUUUCCUGCAUUGGGAAAUACUUAUUGUUGGAGCCUUUGGAGGGAGACCACGUUUUCCGUGCAGUGCAUCUACAUAGUGGCGAGGAGCUGCUCUGCAAGGUUUUUGAUAUACGCUGCUAUCAGGAGUCCUUAGCUCCCUGUUUUUGUCUACCUAUACACAGCAACAUUAACCAAAUAGCUGAAAUCAUUCUUGGAGAGGCUAAAGCCUACGUGUUCUUUGAGAAAAGCCACGGGGACAUGCAUUCUUUUGUUCGUACCUGCAAAAAGCUCAAAGAGGAAGAGGCUGCCAGACUGUUCUAUCAAAUCGUGUCUGCCGUAGCACACUGUCACGAUGGUGGAGUGGUACUGAGAGACCUUAAACUUAGGAAAUUUGUUUUCAAUGAUGAAGAAAGAACUAGAGUGAAACUGGAAAGUCUGGAAGAUGCUUAUGUUCUAACGGGAAAUGAUGACUCUCUGUCUGACAAACAUGGCUGCCCAGCCUAUGUAAGUCCUGAAAUUCUAAAUACCAGUGGCAGUUACUCUGGCAAAGCUGCUGACGUUUGGAGUCUGGGUGUUAUGCUCUAUACCAUGUUGGUUGGACGAUAUCCGUUUCACGACAUUGAGCCUAGUUCGUUGUUCAGCAAAAUACGUCGUGGCCAGUUUAACAUUCCAGAGACACUAUCACCCAAGGCAAAAUGCCUCAUACGUAGCAUACUUCGUCGGGAGCCAUCGGAACGGCUAACAUCUCAAGAAAUUCUGGACCAUCCUUGGUUUUCCACAGAUUUCAAUGCAUUGAAUUCAGGAUUUGGUGCUAAAGAAGUAUCGGAUCAACUGGUGCCUGAUGUCAAUAUGGAUGAGGAAACGGACGCAUUUUUUAACUGAGCACAAAACUUUAUUUUCGGUACUUGAGCUGAUCAUGUCCACAUGAAGAAGACCUUCUGGACUGUAGUAUUCAAAAUCUGUAUUGUCCCAGGAUUGUAGCUUGGGAAAGGCUACUCCGGGCUUCUUGGAUUGAGAAGACAAGUCUACAAGGAACUACUCUACACAUGUAGCAUUAAGGCUGCUAUACAGUUAUUCUUUUAUUUUGUUUUUGUUUGUUUUUUCUUAAAUAAUUAGCAUGGAUCAAUUGUAGCUACACCCUGUUUGGAGCCAAGGAGACUCACAAGCCAAUUCCAGUGCAGCUAUGUCACUCCUGUUAUUGGCAAAUUUGUCAAUGUUUUGCCUCGCACAUCCUGGCAUCGCACUGUUACAGAAUAUUUCUUGUGCCAUUGUUCAGGGAAGGUACAAUUGGCUAUUACUUAUUUUGUACUUGUGCCAAAAAUGGUACAGUGAGCUAUAGAAAGGUAAAACUAAGUUUGAUGCACUGACACAAAGUGGGUGCUAAAAGCAGAAUAAGUGUUGUAUAUUUUUUUUUUCCCUCCAAUUUUAAGCUCUUAUUUUGUCUAAUUGCAAACUACUUAAUAUUCCUGUCAGGAAAUGAAAUUUUAAUGCUUUGCUCCCUUUAGGGGAAGUAAUUCAUUUAACAAGCUGUUCUGUUUUCUGUUAAAUGGUUUUCUACAGGAAGCUGUUAUCAUUCAAACUUCCAGAUGCAUUAUUGCUAUGCUAAUGGGAGGACAAUAUUACAAUUGGAAAAAUAAACAGGGUUUGAUAUACUGGCUUCCAGACUUGCCAUCUUGCACUUACAGCCAGGAGCGUAUAUGAUAUAAGCUGCAGAGCCAUUUUUUAAAGGAUGGUAUUCAAAUAACUUCUCCAUAUUUUUUUUUUUUCCUCAUUGAAAUAAUUCCUCAGCAAGGAAGAGUUUAUUUUAAGGUAACAUUUCAAGGAAAAUAGUUUUUAUAAGCUUAUGACUACCCAGUAAGGAUCCCCUUCCCAUAACCCCUGCAUGGACAUGCAUUAAAGUGUACCUUUUUGUAUUGUCAAGAAUUAUUUAUUUUCAUGAAAAUGUCACAGUAGUGAUGUAUUAAGCCAGUACUUCAAUUAAAUUACGGGUUGACUUACAAUGACUUAUUACAUGCUGUACACCUUAUUUUUUUUUCUGUGUGUAUUUUGCCACUUUUUUUUUUUAUUUUAUUUUUGAAUUUUUUUUAUUUUAUAGCUUGUAAUAAAUGAGACCUGGCAUUUCUUCCCACCCUCACCACCUCUCUAUUGCUAUAUAAUAAAAAAUAUAAGCAUAAAUAUUUGUGUUUCCCUGUACCUCAGUUGUUCUGAUUUUUAAACUGCUUGUAUCUGUUCUGUGAAAUGGUUGUUUUUUUUUUUUGUGUUUUUUUUUGGGUAGGUACAUGUUGACUUUGUAAGUAUGUAAAUGUUACUUGAAUUUGUGCUUACUUGUAGUAUGUGGCAUGUGCGUGCAGCUACUUGGCAUAUUAAUUCUGGGACACAGAUUGCCUGCCCUGUGGGAAGACCUACGUUUUUUAAUUACCAAUAUAUUUUUUUUUUCUUUAUUCCACCAUUUAUUCCGGACAAUUUAUACUUUUUUAUUUUAGAUUUGACUAAAAUAUGACAACUGCAGCUGAUCCGAUUUUGUUUAUUGGUAUCUAAUAGUAAAAGCAGUGGUAAACAACACUGGCAAUGGUGCUUUGUCAGAAGGACUUUACAAUUCAAAACUUUAUUUUUUUUUUUUAUUUUUUUUUGUUCCCUCCUGCCCCAAAGGCCCAUUUAAUUUUCUCCAUCUUUUAGUUCCUUGUAAGGUGAGUGACUGGUGAUAAAAAAUGCAUGGUGAGGUGUUAUGCCUCUGGUGCUUUGAAUGUUAUGUAUUUUGGUUUAAUGUUUUUGUCCUAAUCUCUUCAAUAAAUUGUGCAUAUUUAACUAAAA